ACCUCCGAAGUACGUCUGCUUCCUCGUCUUGUUUCAUCGUCAACCGAGCCGAAAACCUUGGAGCUUAUCCUUAAACAGACAAAAAUAAAAAAGAAAUUGUAACUAACCAUGAGAGCUGAAGAAGAGCAGCAUCAAUUACGAGUAUUCUACGAACUCUGCUCUUCUAUAAUUGAAAUUCUCAAAGUCAAACCAAUCCUAAGCACUUGCUUAUCUUCUGGCCAUGAACGUGAUUUGCCCUCUUCUUCAAGACAGCCCAUUUCCAUAUCAAGAGUCUCUCCCACUGCUUUUGCUUCGUUUCUUUUUGGAAUCUCGCUCACUUUGAUGCUAUUUGGCUCUGUCACGUUUGUAGUUGGCUUUAUUUUGAUGCCUUGGGUUCUUUGUUCGGUUUUGCUGUUAUAUUUAAGUGGGUUUCUCUCUAAUUUGUCUCAACUGGGUCGCUCAUUCUUUUGUUCUGGGGAUGUGCCUGCUUGGAAUUUUUCAUGAAGGUGAGACUUACGAAAGCUUGAGAGAAUAAAAUGAGGUUAGCUGCAUUAUGAUUAAUGAACAAAUAGUUUUAGGCAUUAUUGAUAUGCUUCUCUCAUAUCCCUAUGAAGGAAUUUACUGAACUGAUUAAUGUUUGUAAAAUUCUAUUUGUAUUAUGAAUUUGUACAUAUAUAUAUUUCUGCCAGUUAAGAAGUGAUAA